GAUCGCCGGUGCAUUGUGUCCCUUGGACACAGCGGAUCACGGAAAGAGCCGAAGAUGUCGGCUCGGUCAUGUGAUCAGCUGUGUCCAAUCACAGCUGAUCACAUGGCACUGAUGAUCAGUGUGCCCUGAUGAUCAAUGUGGCCCCAGAAGUGCCACCUGUCAGUGUCCAUCAGUGCCAGCAGUCAGUGCUCAUCAGUGCCACAUGCCAGUGCCCAUCAGUGCCACACCAAUGCCACAUAUCAGUGCAUACCAGUGCACAUCAAUGCCACAUAUCAGUGCCCAUCUGAGCUGCCUUUCAAUGUCACCCAUUAGUGCCAGUCAGUGCCACCUAUCAGUGCUGCCAAUCAGUGCCACCUAUCAGUGCCAGUCAGUG